AUGCGCUUCUAUCAAGUCCAAGCUUUCAUCAUUGCUGCCUUGGCCGCUUCGGCCCACGGAUUAGUGAUUCCUGAUAAGACUCCCAUUGAAGGAUAUGGGGUUUUCAUCCCACAGUGGGAGUUCGAUACCGGCCUCGGGGCUGAGAAGGUGGCCGUGAAUGGUACGGUCGAGGAUCUCUUGGAAGGGCUCCGCCCCUAUGAAUCUCUGGACGCGCAGGUUUUGGGCCCAGAUAUGGCUUCGGGUACCUCUUCUCCUGUCUUACAGAAGCGGGACGACUUCGGCGAUGGUCGUGUCCUCUGCUACAACUUCCCAAAAGGCUUGAACGCCGCUGCAAGAGACGGUAUCAACCUCCUAAAGCAGAUCCGACACAGAAGACCUACAAACCAAGCCGGCCCGGGAGAAUGCGGUCGUAUGAGUUGCUCCGAGAAUACGGCAAUCUGGUGGUGCAAUGAGCUGAGUGACCUCUUUGUAGGACGACAAGCCAAAGACUCCGGAAUCCUUUAG